CCUCAUUUGCAGUACGUAUUACGUUGCCUACAGCUCCCGGCUAGCUGGUUUGCUAACAAGAAAGAAGAUGGAUUCUCCCAUACUGGAACCAUCCUUGUACACUGUCAAAGCAGUUCUGAUACUGGACAACGAUGGAGACAGGCUUUACGCCAAGUAUUACGAUGAUACAUACCCGACGGUGAAGGAGCAGAAGGCGUUUGAGAAGAACAUAUUCAACAAAACACACAGGACGGACAGCGAGAUAGCAUUACUCGAGGGCCUCACUGUUGUCUACAAGAGCAACAUAGACCUCUUCUUUUAUGUGAUUGGAAGUUCCCACGAAAAUGAGCUUAUGCUCAUGGCUGUUCUAAAUUGCCUUUUUGAUUCACUCAGUCAGAUGCUGAGAAAAAAUGUUGAGAGGAGGGCUUUGCUUGAGAACAUGGAGGGGCUCUUCCUGGCUGUGGAUGAAAUUGUAGAUGGAGGGGUGAUCCUGGAGAGUGACCCGCAGCAAGUUGUGCACCGUGUGGCUCUCAGAGGGGAUGAUGUGCCUUUGACAGAGCAGACAGUCACCCAGGUUCUUCAGUCUGCCAAAGAACAGAUCAAGUGGUCUCUUCUACGAUAGAGUCACUCCUGCACCAGUCUGCCGGUGAGCCGCUGUUCAGCCCAGUCUUCAUGGCACUGAUCCACAUACUCCCUCUCCUUCGACUCCUUCAAUCAAAGCUGUGAGGAGUACCACUGGCUGAUCCAGUCACACUCCCAGGACUACUGCUCGACAAAGUUUCAUUCUCCAUCUUGUUUCCUUUAUUCUUUUUGCACAGGCUUACAUUAUAUUACAUAAUCAACAUGGUGAAAAGAUAUGGUGUACAUUCCAGUAGCAGGGUUGGCCUGGUCUGUUCUGUUCGUUUUUUCAUUGAAGAAGCUGAGUCUUUAUUACACCAAUGUAUCUGUCUAUAAAACAGUGAUAAACCUCAGUGUAGCCUGUGGCAACAUUCCAUAUGUCUCCUUGAAAAAGAGUUUUUACCCAUUGGACAGCACCCUGUCUCCUCCAGAUAACUGUACAAAGUAUUGAGGCACUAGCUCUAUCAUUUCAUUUACAUGAAUAUUGUGGUUAAAAAGUGUACAACUUGUACUGUAGUCAUACCCGUGAUGGCAGAGGUAUGUUUUGAAUAUAUUUUGUCUGGGGAUCUUCCAUCGUCAUACACUUUUAAUAAAUGUUUGUUGACACUG